AUGGUCAAGCAGGGGAGGCAGUGGAGGUCUAUUUGCAAAGGCCUUGUGCUGGGUACCCUCCUGACCAGUUGCAUGAUCCUGUUAUACUGUCUGUCAUCACCACAGAUCCAGUUCAACUUGCCUGAAGUUCCUGUGCCUUAUUCUUGCGCACAUCGUCCGGCUCAAGCAUACGCGGCUCCCGACACAAACACCUCUCAACAUGGCCGGGAUCAGACGCUCUGUGUCCCUAAAGUGGACAUCAUGUUCAUGAAGACGCACAAGACAGCCAGCAGCACACUCCUCAACAUCCUCUUUCGCUUCGGGGAGAAGCAUCGGCUCAAGUUUGCCUUUCCGAGCAGCAGGAAUGACUUCUCCUACCCCUCCACCUUCCACCGCUUUCAGGUGAAGGACUACAAACCAGGGAUGUGCUUCAACAUCAUCUGCAACCACAUGCGUUUCAACGCCACUGAGGUGGCCAAGGUGCUCCCCAUGGACACAACCUACAUCACAAUCCUGCGAGAUCCAGCAGAACUCUUUGAGUCCUCGUUUCACUACUUUCACAACUUGGUACCUCUGACCUGGACUAUCCCAGGGGAGGAUAAGUUUGCUGAAUUCCUCAGAGACCCCAAAUACUACUAUGACUCGAAUGGCUACAACUCGUUCUACCUCAAGAACUUGCUCUUCUUCGACUUAGGGCAAGAUAACAAUUUGGAGCCGAGUGACCCUCAUGUGGAGGCGGGCAUCCAGGCCAUCACCAAACGCUUCCAGCUGGUGAUGCUGGUGGAGUACUUUGACGAGUCCCUUAUCUUGCUCAAGGACAUUCUCUGCUGGGAGAUGGAUGACCUGCUCUUCUUCAAACUGAACGCCCGCAUGGACUCGACCGUGUCAAAGAUGACUCCGGAGCUGAGGGCCAAGGCGCUCGAGUGGAACACCGCUGACUGGAAGCUGUACCGGCACUUCAACGCCACCUUCUGGAGGAAAGUGGACGCCUACGGGCGGGAGCGCAUGGCGCGCCACGUGGCCAACCUCCGGCAGCGGAACGCAGAGAUGGUGGGCGUUUGUAUCGAGGGCGGCCAGGCCGUGGAGGCGGGGAGCAUUGAGGAGACCGCCAUGAAACCCUGGCAGCCUAUAGGCGAGAAGUCCAUCAUGGGCUACAAUCUGAAAAAGAAUGUGGACAAAACGCACCGUAAACUCUGCCGCAAGAUGCUCACGCCGGAGCUGCAAUACCUCACCGAGCUUGGGGUGAACCUAUGGAUCACCAAACUGUGGGGUCACAUAAGGGACGUUAUUAACUGGUGAUUCGAGAUGCAGUGUCACACUUAAGAAAGAGGCACUGAAAGUCAACAAAGAGGACAAGUCAUGUUUUAUUUGGCAUAUUCGGUGCUCUUUUUUUAUGCCAUUGACUACUUAGUUCGAAUGCUCCACUUCUUUGAGUUGAUAGGACUGAAACAGGCCCUUGUAGAUCUUUUUACAAAAUUGUAUUUAUUUAUGCAUCACUAAAGACAUAAGGUACAUCACUGUUAAUCAGGAUAAGGGAAUAGAUUCAAACACUGUGGUGGAGGACUGUUCGCAAAUUGGAGAUGAAUUGGUGUAAAGUAGAUAUAUCAUAACAAAUGAAG